AUGGGCCAAGAGGAGUCGGCCAUUGUCGACGAUUCGGUCCCGCCGCACAGCCUGGCGGCCCGGACGCUGUCGGCCGUCGCCGAAUACAUCAAGAGCGGUCACGGCAAGAGAAUUGUCGUCCUCACAGGAGCCGGCAUCUCCACGGCCGCCGGCAUCCCCGACUUCAGAUCGCCCAAGACGGGCCUCUACAACAACCUCGCCCGCCUCGACCUGCCCUACGCCGAGGCCGUCUUCGAUAUUGAGUACUUCCGGCAGCACCCCGAGCCCUUCUACGUCCUCGCGCAAGAGUUGUACCCCGGGAAGUUCCAUCCGACCGUCUCGCAUGCCUUUAUCGCGCUGCUCGCCCGCAAAGGCCUCCUCCAAAUGCUCUUCACCCAGAACAUCGACUGUCUGGAAAGGGCCGCGGGCGUCCCCGCCGACAAGAUAGUCGAGGCGCACGGGAGCUUUGCGACGCAGCGCUGCAUCGAGUGCAAAGGGGAGUUUCCAGACGACAAGAUGAGGGAGCACGUAUUCGACGGCAAGGUCCCCCACUGCGCAGACACGGCCUGCAACGGCAUCGUCAAGCCCGACAUUGUCUUCUUCGGCGAGUCGCUGCCGCCGGCCUUUGGCCAAAACUCGUACAUCACCGCCAUGGCCGACCUGGUCCUGAUUAUCGGCACGAGCCUGACGGUGUAUCCCUUCGCGGGCCUGCCAGAGAUGGCCAGAGAGGGCAAGCCGCGGGUGCUGUUCAACAUGGAGCGGGUCGGACGCGUUGGCGGUAGGACCGACGAUGUGGUUGAGCUCGGGCCGUGCGACGACGGCAUCCGCACGCUGGCCAACGCCCUGGGCUGGAGAGAGGAGCUGGAGAAGUUGUGGCGGGACGUGGUUGGCGAGGAAGAGGCCAAGAGGCAGCUGCAGAGUCAGGAGAGGCAGGAUGCGGCUAUCGAUGACGAGAUGCAGAAGCUGGCUGAGGGCGUAGAGGCAGCGCUCAACUUCGACGAGGUGAAAAUGGGACCCGAAGAUGACGCCAAUAAGCAUGGAGACAUGGGUACAACUGGCCGAGAUGCACCACCACCAGAUUACCGCGAGCAGGACAGCGUUCCUUCAUCGCCGGAGACACCGGAGAAGACCGCGGUUGCCGGAAAGGCUGGCCCUGGGUCAUCGCCCGUCAAGGCAUCAGGGGAGCCAAAAAAUGCGACUACAACCGAACCAGGCUCUGACGAGCGAAAGGAAGAGCCGCCGUCGACAACCACCGACGCCGUCGAGCAUAAGGGCGAAGGCAAGCUAGACAGCAGUGACGGGGACGAGCAAAAGCCACCGCUGUGA